AGCGGAAGUCACGCAGACUGAUUACAACUAGCUAACUUCACACGGCGCAGAAAUCAUGUUUGGUUAGGCAGUGAAUCGUGAAGAGUGUUACACAAAACCUGCGUCCUUAGUGUUUGUUUCGAUUUGGUUAGUUAUAUUAUCAGGAUUACGUCCGUCCUCCGCAAGAAGAGACGAUACUUUUUUUAUCUGACAGUAGCUAAUUGUGUUCUCGCAUCUACGGUUGCUAGCUAGUGUCAAGUGGUUAGCUGGACAGCGUUAAUGUUAAUGGGAGCUACCAUUAACGUCAGGUCGGAAUCGAAAAUAAUCAGUGGUCUUGUUGAUUAAAGGAGCUUCAAACGUCAAUAUAUGCAGACCUACAGGGCUUACCACAGAGCCAUAAAAAAUAACUAGCUGAAGGCUAACGUUAUAUAACUAACUAGCUGUAUGAUUUGUAUUUGCUCGCCUCACUGCCACGGAGCCGUGUAGCUGUCCACGUCUAGUCUCGUCGGCUGUGUUUAACGUUGCCAGCUGAGCUAGGCCACGUCCCUGCGGGCGUGUUUCAUCUACCCCACUGACAUUGGACGACUUGCAGAGAAGAUGCCCAGUGUGCGGAAGGAGAGUAAAGCUCAGUAGAAAUGUGAAAUGUCUUGAACAUUCAUGAUUGUCUGUCUGUGUAGUGUUUGCAUUUCCGAACGGUUGCCGCAUGUACGCGGCAUGUCACGUAGACGGAUGUGUUUUACAGCGGGAGCAUACUCUCAUUGAGCUCUGUAUCUUGCAGUAACAACCUGAAGUAACGUUACACUUUGAUUUUGAAAUGGUUGGGUUUGGUGCAAACCGACGGGGGGGCCGCCUCCCGUCCUUCAUCCUCAUCUUCUUGAUGGUGAUAAUCGCCAUACUGUCUUUCAACUACUGGACAGUGUCCAACAAGCACGGCCGCUUGCUGGAUGAGCUGGCGGAGGUACAGACGCAGGUGAAGCGAACGGACGCGGCGCGGAGCCGGCUGGAGAAGCGGAACUCGGAGCUGAUGGUGCAGGUGGACACGCACAGGAAGCAGCUCGACCAGAAGGAUGGAGACUACAGCGUCCUGGAGGGCAAGCUGCAGUCCCGAGAGGCGCUCAUCAAAAAGUGCACUGAUGAAAAGAUGAAGCUGCAGGGUGAUGCCACAGCCCAACUGACAGAAAUCCAGAGGCUGAAAGAGCAGCUAAAGGAGCUGAAACAGGAGUUCAUGAAACAGGAAGAGCAGCUAAGAGAAGUGAAGAAAAAUAGCACUACCUUGGAAAGAAAACUGGAGUAUGAGAGUUUACAGUGUGGACGUCAGAUUGCACAACUGAAAGACGAGUAUGAAGAAACAAGAAGGACCCUGGAGGAAGAAGCAUCAAAGCUAAGACAGAGUAUGAUGGACGGCCAAAAGAGUGUAGUGGCAGGUAGACAUGCAGAGGGAGCACCUGGUGUGGAGAUGGUUGGAGAGCGCCAUACAGUGGCCACUCACCGGCAUGACAGUCCAGAUUUAAAAGAAGAGAUGGGUAAGCCUGGCAGUGAUGCUGGCAUGCCCGGUAUUGAAGACAGUGAGGUGGGAAAAAUCGAUGAUGUGCAAUUUGCCUUGAAGAAACCAGCCAUCACUCAGAAACAUGAUGAUGUCCCUGAUGUGGUUGUGGGAGCUGGUGCUGGACCGGGAGUCGGGGCAGCUGAUGGCCCUGGGGGCCAGGGCCUGGCCCUGGACCAGCCCAGGCUCCAGCAGGACAGAGUGGAGGGCCGAGCAGCAGUGGUUGCACCUCCAGGCAUCGUUAAACAGGCAGACAAACUGAUAGUGUUUGAAGAAGACAACAAGGCAGGUAUCAAGGCGGACGAGCUAGGAGAACAGCAAAGACAACUUCAAGCUCCUGAUAAUGUCAAGGGUGACAGCGAACACCUGAAGGGGAUUCCUCUGCCACCCAACCCAGCCCAGGUGCCCAACCCCAUCCAGCCUCACCACGCCAAAGACCAAGUUGCAGCAGAGCCAGUACACCACCGCCAAAGCCGGUUCUUUGAUGAGAACGAGUCCCCAGUAGAUCCGCAACACGGCUCUAAGCUAGCGGACUACAAUGGGGAUGAUGGGAACGUGGGUGAGUAUGAGGCCGACAAGCAGGCCGAGCUGGCCUACAAUGAGGAAGAGGAUGGUGAUGGUGGGGAGGAAGACGUUCAAGAUGACGAUGACCGAGACAUGCAGGGAGACCGGGCUGUGGAUUACGGGAAAAGACAUCAAGCUAUUGACAUUCUUUGAAUGGGAACUUGUACAGCCGUAACUCCAAUUAAAAUAAUCAUACCUUCCUCUACAACCAAGGUCUUUCUUGACAAAAUAGUUUGAACAUGAAUAUGUUUAAGAAUUUAUAGGGUGCAUCCUCAGUGUCAUGGACUAUUUUGGAAAAACAGACAUUGUAACUAAUGAAUUAAUUCUGAAUGACGUAUCAUAAUACAAAGGGAAAAAAUCAUGGCAUUGUCCUGAGCGGCUGUUGAUUUGCUGAUGGUUCUAAGUUAUGACAGUAGAAAUGAAAUCCUGUAUGUACACUGACUGUUGAGUUUUGUUAUUUGAUAACUGCCUCACUUCAUAAUGGAGUGGUCUAAAGGAACCCUGUUGACUCACAUCUGAACUUCAAGGUCGAACUGUUUUGUUUUUGCUAUUUUUCUUUUCAGGUUGCUGUUGCUUGAUAUAAACAAACUCUUCACCAGAGAUGUUUAUCAGAGACUAAUUCGGCAUUCUGCCUUUCUAACAUAACUUUGGGACUCUUACGUGGAAGACCAUUUUUUUUGUUUACAAGAGUGGGAAUGCAUUACAGAUGCCAAGGACUUUGCUUAUGGCCUAUUAAAUCAAUUUCUUUUCUUUGUGACAGACACUCAAAAGUGCUCCUCAUUCUGUUUUUUUUUUUUUUUUUAAUGAUGCCAUUGCAUGCAUUUGAAACCUUUUGUUAAUAAUCAAACUGAGCAAAAUAUUGAUGCUUAAGCAAUACUUAGUUGUAUGUUAGUGUCCUCCACAGUGUGCAAAGAUUAACCAAGCACAUAUGGAACUGACUGACUGUAAACAUGCUUCCAUUAAUGAGGUCUCUUGUACAUAAUGUAGUUGAACUGUUACCAUUUGUACUGAGGAAACCUAAUUCCUCACCUUUAGGGAAAUCCGUGAACAUGAAAUCAGUUCUGUUUGUGUAGCCAUGAAAAUUGAUUUCUCAUGGAAAGGCACAUUGAAUGUAAUUUAAUUUUAUUAAAGGUGAUGCUUCAUGUCA